AUAUUUUCAUAAUAACCUUUUUUGUAGCUCUAACAAUUCUCCACAAAAAGUCUCUCCCCAAAAAUUCCGCUAUCUCCUCCCAAUCCCGAGGUAUUCCCCAAAAAUCGUUCGAAAAAAAUGCACGAUGUGUUUUAACAAUUUUUUACAAGUAAAAAAAAUUUAAAAAUUCCAAAAUGCGAUGAAUAAAUUCAAAAAAUGAAUUUUCAAAAUCAUGUGACAUAACAUAUGGCACGGGUUCGAGUAAAUGGGAAUUCUGCCAGGAAUAGUCAGCACCUCGGGACCAUCUCUAGUCUAAUUUUACAUCUGCUGAAUGGGAUGUUAACUUUUUGCUUUUGUCCAUUGAUUUGAUCGAUCCAUUGAAAAAACUGUUAUUGCCUCCAGGUGUUGCCGAUGGUGUCGGUGGAUGGAGGCACUACGGCAUCGAUCCAGGCGAAUUCUCCAGCUUCCUGAUGAGAACUUGUGAGCGACUAGUCUCAAUGGGUCGAUUCGUACCAUCAGAACCCGCUGGAUUAUUAGCCCGAAGUUAUUACGAACUAUUAGAGAACAAACAACCAAUUCUAGGAAGCAGUACUGCUUGUGUUAUUGUUUUGAAUAAAGAAACGAGCAGUAUUUAUGCAGCGAAUAUUGGAGACAGUGGUUUUGUCAUUGUGAGAAAAGGAGAAGUUGUUCAUCGGUCUUCGGAGCAGCAGCAUUACUUCAAUACUCCAUUUCAACUUUCUUUGCCACCUCCAGGACAUUCAGGGCAUGUCCUGAGCGACAGUCCUGAAUCAGCUGACACUUCCAGUUUUGGAGUUGAAAACGGCGAUGUGAUUCUCCUAGCGACUGAUGGUGUUUUCGAUAAUGUACCGGAUCAAUUACUAGUCACGGAGAUGAGGAAAGUCGAGGGGGAGAGGGAUCCAACGAAGAUCCAGGGUGUGGCUAAUACAAUUGCUUGGAUGGCACGCAGUCUCGCGUUCGAUGGUGCCUUCAUGUCACCUUUUGCACAGAGUGCUAGAGAAAAUGGAAUCGAUGCCAUCGGUGGAAAACCAGAUGACAUCACGGUGCUGCUAGCUACAGUGGCCAUUUAAUCAACCUAGAAGCCUGUACAA